CGAACUCGUAACCAGUUCAGGCGUUUCUCGUUUGUGAUCUUUUCAGAUUUAAAGAUUGAAAAAUAACUCAAAUAAGAUGACUGAUAUUAUCAAGCACAGAGAGUUAACAAGUGAUUCAAAUUUUAAAACUUCGACAAAUUCACCGUUAAUAUCACGAAUUUCUGUAACAUCUCAUGUAUCAAGGGAUGAAGUGGAUAAUGUUGAUUAUCACUUUGAAGCAACUAGACUCCAAAGUUUUCAAAACUGGCCUAUAUCAUAUGUGGAACCUGCGAAACUUGCAGCUGCAGGAUUUUACUACACAGGUGAAGGUGAUAAAGUAAGAUGUUUUGAAUGUCAAAUAGAGAUAUGUCAGUGGGAAGAAGGUGAUGUUCCAAUGAUUGACCAUCAACGUUGGUCGGCAAGGUGUAGAUUUAUUCGAAUGAUGAACUGUGGUAAUGUACCAAUUGGAGUAGAUCCUAAUACAGUUUUACCACCAAGACCAAGAGGGGUAGAUGUAUGUAGUCCAUAUGGCAUAGAGUACCGAUCUACAUCUGGUCCUGAUAACCAGAAUUUUUCAACAGAAUUACAAUUACCAAGCACUGCUAAACUUAGUUGUUUAGGCCUGGGAAGGCCUAAAGGGCCAGUACAUCCUGAAUAUGCUAGCUAUGAUGCUAGACUGCAUACAUUUGAAACAUGGCCAAAGUCUAUGCCACAUACAAAAGAACAGUUGGCAGAUGCAGGUUUCUAUUAUACUGGAAAAGGUGAUCAAACUUUGUGUUAUCAUUGUGGAGGUGGUUUGAAAGAUUGGGAACCAGAAGAUGAUCCUUGGGAGCAACAUGCAAAAUGGUUUUCUAAGUGUUAUUAUCUACUAAUGGUUCAAGGUCUAGAUUAUGUAAAUAAAAUAACAGGCCAGCAUAUAUCCCCACCUUCUAAAGAAGAAACAAUGCAGAUGAAUUUACCCAGUUUUAUUAAGAAGGUACAACCUACAAGUAUAGAAGCAGAUAAAAUGGAAGAAGCAAGAAGCAAACCUGGAUCAAGUUCUCAAGAUAGUGGGAUAGAGAGUAUUGGAAAUAAUACAGAAUCUGUAAAUGGAAGUGCAGAAGAUUUAUCAAAUACAAAGGCACAGAGUAAUAAACCUACAGAUGAUGCAAGGAUGUGUAAAAUUUGUUACAAUGGAGAAUUAGGAGUGGUAUUUUUACCAUGUGGACAUAUAGUUGCUUGCGUUAAAUGUGCUCCUGGCAUGACAUCUUGUGCAGUAUGCAGAGAACCUGUUACGAUGACCGUACGAGCUUUCUUAUCAUAGUAUUCCAUAGCUUGUGAUAUUUAGUUUUCCGUAUGUUUUCUGUUAUGGUGUUCUGCACACGAUCAUCCAUGACUGGUAGCGAUAAUGUAUCGCGAACUGCACUAAAUGACAUGACUCAUGUAGCAUACCAGUCUGCGGGUACAAGCUAUAAAAAUUCUGUUGUAGGUUUUAAAAAUUUUGUGUGAUAUUCAUAUUACAAGUACAUGAAGAAAGAAAAUAAGGUUUAUGCUAAUACAAGUCAUAGUAAUCAGUA